CAGAACAAUCUCAAAACAAAACCAACUGAACUCUAAAGUCAACGAGUUGCACGAAAGUUGUAGUUUACUUUGCGAAAUAGAGCAGAGAGGAGGCAGGAUAAAACGUGUUUCUGUCGAAACUUUGCUGCGGUUGUCAUCAAAGAAAAGUGCAAGGAUCAUUUCGACUAUGGAUGUGGAUAGAAAAAGAGAGGACCUACAUAAAAUAUUAUUAGAACAAGUCAAAAAGAACAAAAAGUCACAAAUGACUAUAGCUGUUAUUGGACCCCCUGGAGUUGGAAAAUCUUCCUUUAUCAAUACCAUGAUUGCCAGUAUAACCGGAGAAUAUAGACAAUGGGCGAAGACUGGACGCGGAGAAGGAGCAAUAACACUUCGCGCAAUCCCGGUAUUUCAAAAGAAGUACAUGGAAUUUGCAGACGAAAAUCUCCAGCAAUGUGUUUUUCCAGAUAUUCUAGACAUAGUGGGCUUUGAAGACAGUGAUGAUCAAGUAACACGGAAAGCAAUUGAGUUGUUAUUCUACGGAAGAAUUCCAUCCAAUGUCCUUGUUCACGAGUUUUUAAAUAAGAUGAGAACGAGUGGUACAUGGCCGGUGGAGAAAAUGUAUCCAUUAACAGCGGAAUGUAAAAAAAUCGACAGAGUUAUUUUUGUUGCUUCUGCAGCAAACUCGAAUUUACCACUUGAGCUUUGUAAUGCUGUCAGGGCUGUCAUUUCGAAAAAAAGAGAUAUUCCUAUCUUUGGUGUGCUGACGGGUAGAGAUAAAAGAUCACCAGCUUUAGAAAACUUUGAAAAGUUUGAGGAGAGGUUCAAAUCAGCUCUUGGUAUCUCUAACUUGAACUAUCUGCAUUGCACGAGCUAUUGUGACGAUAAUAUCAAUAAGAUUCGUGUUGUGGAAGCAAAGAAUUACCCAGAUUUAGACAUUCCUGUGCUGGAGUUUUUAAAACAGGUCUUGGAUCCAGCUUUGGAGAGCACAGAUAUAAUAAGGCCUGGUCGUUUUACAUGGAUUUGGUUCUUGGAAAUCUUAUACACAACGCCUGCAAAGUUUAAGGGGAUAAGUGCGAGUCACUGGGUGCUUGUUGCGAUAGUGAUCGCACUUCUUGUUGUCAUUUUGGCCAUUCUGUUAAAAUAAUAAAAAACAUUACUCGAUGUGGACAAAAGUUUAAAGGGUUGUUGAUUUUACAAGAUGCAUCAUUUAAUUGAUAUAAUCAGAAUUCGUAAAGGGAGAAGACUUAUUCUGUGUUUUCGAUCUACCAUUGUAAAGA